AUGGAUGCUGGACUCGGAUGGGAUGGCGAUGCUGAAAGCGCAUGGGAGUACGGCGAAGAAAUGCCCCCCAAACACUGGGCAGAGCUGGUAGGAGGAGAUGAUCCUGAGGACGAGGAUGACAACGGACCCUCCGUUGAACCAGACCCUCACGCCUAUACCAGCGUCACUCAAGACUUGCUUGACAUGGACCCCAAUAUUGGAAUCGAUACCGCUGCAUCCAGUGACGACUACGAUGAUGACGACGACGAGGAAGAAGAGAUUGUUUUUGACGAGGACCAAGAGAUCUCUCGCGAAACAGAGUUCGCCGUCCUAGCACUGGGGAGGGAAGAUCCAGCACACAUAGCGAUCGAAAGCAUCAGAGAGCCAGCAGGCGACGAAUACGAAGAGGAUGAAGACGCAAAUGGCGUCGUUGUCAUCAAGAAACGCAGCGAACUCAAAGGCAAUCCAGAAUUCGAGGGAAAGCUGCCAGUACUUGACCCCAGAGUGGCCGACAACCUCACCGGGAGCUUCGCUACCAUAAUGUUGAGAUAUUACCUGGAUGCGGAUAUGAAGCACACAACUCGUGACAAGGACAUUUUCAAGAAGGGAAUCAUCAAUUGCUCAACCCACAAAGACAUCGACAAAAGCGCCAGCUGUGCAUUUGUGCUCGGCGACCAGAAUGAUUCGCUUGAAGGAGUAGCAGAACGUCUAAGCCAGGAAAAGACCAUCAGUGACGGAAGAGAGAACUGGAUCCCAUUUGGAGAUGUAUACCGUCAACCAGGAACGAACGAUAUUGAGGUUCGUGCGAUGUCUGAGGACCAGCUGGAAAAGUUGGCACAGGCCAUGGACUUGUCAAUUGAGGGAGUUCUCGAGAAGCUUGCCGAACAGGUCGGUAGAUACAAGAGGUAA